CCAUUUCACGUAGGCCGGGAAAGAAACCGGCUGCAAACAUUUCUUUCCUGGAGUCGAAACUGGACAAGUUCCUGGAGUUUAGGUAAAUUUAAUUAGUUUGAUAAUUAAAGCACUCGAGCAGAACUUCAUCAAAAUUGCUAGUAUUUAUUAAACACGUUAAUUAUUAAUUCCAUAUGGGGCUUGAAUUACAAUGGAGUCUUAUCUUAUAGUUCAAAAUAUUGUUCACAUGGUGUAAAAGUUUCUUUCGGAGUGGAGAAUCUACUAAAAUAUUGAAAUACUUUUAAGUUCUGGAGUGAUAAGUGAACGAGAUUGAAUUAAAGUUAUGUUUGGGAUAAUAGUAUCCGGAAGAUUGGUUCAAACAAAUUUUGUCCAAGUGGUCACCGAUCUCUCAAAGUUCAUUAUUGACAUCCCACAAGCAGAUUCAAUUAAUCAUGUUGUUGUUUUUCUAACCGGGGCGACACCGUUUCCGGCUGGAAUGGGUGGUCAAAUAUAUUUUAGUUGGCCAGACCCCCAAGACCAAAUUGUGUGGCAUCUUCUCGGUCACAUUUCCAAUGAUAAGCCGUCUGCAAUCUUUAAAAUCUCCAACCUUAAGAAAACCAAUGAUCCAUCAGCCCAACUUGUCAACUCUAUGAAUUCCAUGCUUUUUGGCCAGCCUGUACAAUCUUCGGCACACAACGCUCAAAUUGGAGUUUCCCUUGAACCGUUGGAGACCAUUAUGGGUACCACACCCGCUGCGACGACCGACCCGUCUGUGGUCCCCACUUUUAUAGAAUUUACUCAAAAGAUGCUGGAAAAUUUCUUCAAUUAUGUAUCCAGUUUUGGAGAUACGAAUCACAUAUCCAUGGCCGUGGUGCAGCAGUGGUAUCAAAACUUUACUAGGAGAUUGCAAGCCGAUCCUUACUAUUGGCGAUAACGUCAUCAUCAUAAAGGUGGAAAGUGUCCUAAACUUAUUUGACCAAAAAGUCCAAUGCAAAUCUAACGGUAUUCUAAAAUUAUUUCCUGAGGCUGUCAAGACCAAUAUCUACUUACAGAUAGUUGUAUAUACAGAUUUAUGUCUUGUGCCUUUUAUGGAUGAGCUUUAAACUUAUCGUUUCGAAUAGUAGUGUCAAGUGUGAUCAAGGAUUUAUUAUAGCUUUACAGCUCUUUACGAGUAUAUGUCAAGUAUAUGUAUUAAAUAUCUAAUGAUAAUAGUGCAAUAUUUUAGUAAUACGCAAAUAUGAAAUUAAUACUUUUACCUAUUCUAUAGAUAGAUUCCGAUACCUUUAUAAGUAGUCUGAAAAUAACACAUUACAUAUUUGUACCAUUUUUAAUGUAAGUAAAAAAAAUACACACACCAAUCUUUACCAGAACAA